AGGCAAUUCUUUUUUCUUUUCUUUUUUUUUCUUUUUUCCCGUUUUUUUUUAAUACUUAUUGAACUAUCUUUGAAUGAUUAAGUAUCAAAGGUUGUUUUACUAAAUAAUUGUUUCUUCGUUUCUGCCAAACGUAAAAACAUCUAUAAAGAUACGGAUUCUCCACAUUCAGAAAAUAGGUUUGAGUAAUCUUCAUGAAAGCGGAGACUAUUGCAAGCAUCGAAAUUUUAACGGCCUGUUUUGCUAUAAAUUUUCUGUAUGGCGGGGCAACAAGACUUGCGUCGGUAUUUUUUGUGGAGUCUAUUUAUCGAUUUGAUGUUAGCCGAAAGCAGGCAUCAUUCCCUUAUGUUUUGGCUUACAUGAUGAGAAAUCUUUGCGGUCCUCUUCAAGGAUAUCUCCAACAAAUUUUCGGAAUGAAAUCUCUCGUCAUUUUUGGAAAUAUACUGGCUACAAUAAGCAUUGCAGCUUGUUUCUUUGCAGAAGACAUUUUAGCAGUUAUACUUUUAUGGGGAGUCAUAUUUGGUUAUUGUUUUGGAUUAGGAACGCAGUACUUGCCAUCGAUGCUUAAUGCCCAUUUCACGACAAACCGAAGCAAAGCUAAUGGAUUUGCAUAUUCGGGGGCAUGUUUCGGAGGAGUAAUGAUGCCACCUAUAAUGGAAGCCUGCAUUGAGCAUUAUGGUCUCAAUGGAUCUUUUUUAGUUUUAGCUGGUAUAAUGGCGCAUUUAAUUCCAUUCUCCUUUUUACUGAAAUCUAGCGAGGAAAAAUCAAAAUGUGAAAUUCGAAACAGAAAAAAUAAAGAGGAAUCUAUUGAAAUGAAAGAAGAUAAGAAAGCAGUUUUGCCUCUACUAAUGCCUGCUCUCAAAAAUGUAGGUGAAAAAUCACAAACCAAUAACACUGAAGAAGAAGCAACUGAACUAGAUCAAAAAUUAGUCACCAACGCGUGUUCUCAAACAGAAGCAGCAAAUCAAAAAGCGACUGAAAACGUGAAAAAGAAGCCUCCUUCUAUUUUUACUCUUAAAAAUUUCAAAAUUUUCAUCGAUCCAUCCUUUCUUAUCAUGUUUAUUAUGACUGGUGGUACUACACUAGUGAUAACAACAAUGUGGACUAUAAUUCUUGAUUUUGUACGUGAUAAAGGAGUUGGUGUAAAUCUAGAAAUCUAUUAUGUCAUGAUUAUACCAUUAGCUGACAUAUUCGGGAGGAUAGGUUCGGGAUUUGUUAUUGAUAAAAAAUUCUUACCUACAUCUGUGAUUACUUUAAUUUGUUGCCUUUGUACUGGAUUAACUUUACUUGGUUUAUUAUUCACGUAUAAUUACUUACUCCUUAUGUUCAUCGAGUUCCUGUUUCCCAUAUUUUAUGGAUCAAUACUCAUUUUACAAAUCGCUUUGAUCCAUGAAUUUAUACAGCCGGAGAAAAGAACUAUGGCAAUGGUUUGCAGAGCCAUGUUGUUUGCACCAUUAAGUUUAACAAUAUCUCCUAUGAUUGGUUAUUUCAGAGGAGAGCAUGGAUCUUAUGAUGGCGUUAUUUACACUCUAACGGGUAUUUCCUUUUUCUGUGGACUCAUCAUAUACUUCGUUCCUCAUUUGGCAGAAAGAAGAAAUAAAACAACACCUGACAAUAUGACAUAAAAUCAUGAAAAAUGCUACGAGUAAUUUGUUGAUAUUCUGUCUGUAUAUAUUAUCUGCAAUUAUCAUAUUCUUUCAUUAUUUGUAAGUAAUAUGUAUUAAAUAACAAUCUCAAUUCUA